UUUGGCACAAAUAUGGCUGGAUUAUCAUGUCAUCAUCCAUUGAUCCAUUGGAUGAUCUUCAUUUUAAUUUAUUCACAAUCAUGAUCCAAUUUAAAAUCGCCAAGUUUCAAAUAAAUCGCAUGAACAAUUUUGUGUCUUUCCAAAUAGAAAUCGAAAGUAACAUUGUUUGUGCAACAUUCUAAUAAUAGAAAUGAGUGUAAACUACAUAGCCUGUGUACGAAUUAUCCAUUAAUUCAUCAAAGAUGUGCGUGACAAGGAUGUUAAAUACUUUGCUAAGAAUUCUUUUAUAAAGGUACAUUAAAGAUCAUAAUCUCGUUCAAGUACAAGUCUUACUGAUCCUAGCUAAUAUGCGCCAGAAUUAAGGUGUCAUAUAAAAUAACAUCUUCGAGAUGGAUGUAGAUUUAGUAUAGACUAUAGAACCUGAGAAUUCUUGAAUUACAUUGUUCUCACUCAACAGUAUUGCUAGAAAUGGCCCAAUUUAAUGGAAC